GGGCGCGGGCGUGUUGGCGGCGGCGCUGGGCGUUCGGCGGCCGCUGGCGGCGCCGCCAGCGCCGGGCGAGGAGCCCGCGCGCGUGGACAGCCUGCGCGCCGUGGGGCCCUGGGCGCUGCUGCUGCACCUCGCCGCCCCCGUCGCCCCCGGGCGCCGCGUGCGCCCGCUGCGCCUCCUCAGAUGGCCGCACCUGCUGGAGGCGGCCGAGGCGGAGGCCGCGGCCGGGGAGGGCGGCGUGUGCGUGGCGCCGGGGCGCGACGCGCAGGGCCACGCGAGGGCGGUGCUGCUGGUGCCCGCGGACCGACAGACCGCCGCCGCCGCCGCCACCGCCUGCCCUCCCACGCACAAGUGCUUCGUCAGGGCCGACGCGCACGCCGCCUGCCAGGCGACGGGCGGGCGCGCGUGGAGCGGCGUGGUGGCGUGCCGGUCGGCGCAGGGCUGGGCGCCCGCCGCCGUCUUCUCCUCGCCUGACGGCUUCUGCGACGCGCCGCCGGCCUCCGUGCUGGCCUUCCCCGCCGUCGCGCCGCUCGCCGACGCCCUGCAGAAGGCCAUGGAGGAGGCGCCCGUGCCGCUGGCGCCGCCGGCGGAGUGCGCGACGCUGCGCUGCCCGCUGGGCCGCUGCCUGGAGGCGGGCGAGGUGUGCGACGGCGUGCCCCACUGCCGCGACGCCAGCGACGAGCAGCCGCUCUUCUGCGCCGAAUGGCAGCAGCGCUGCGCACGCGCCGUCGACCCCUUCGCCUGCGCGUGCGCGGCGGACGAGAUGCGCUGCGACAACGGGCGCUGCGUGGAGAAGGCGGCGUUCUGCGACGGCGCCGACGACUGCGGCGACGCCAGCGACGAACCCGGCGACUGCUCGUGCGCCGCCUUCCUGCGCCUGAGCGCGCCGCGCCUGCUGUGCGACGGCCGCCGCAACUGCCUCGACAAGUCGGACGAGGCGCGGUGCGGGUGCGGCGCCCACAGCUUCCACUGCACACGUUCUGGAACGUGCAUCGCAUCAGAGCUUGUAUGCGAUGGAGAGCCUGACUGCCCUGGGAAGGAAGAUGAAGAACACUGUUGGGAACUCAGCAUUUCAGGAAAUAGCCCGACAACUCGAGAAGUGAGAAGACGUUCGUAUGGAUCAUGGCACUCGUAUUGUGCUGCAGAAGGCGAAGAAGAACACUUCAGUGACUUGUGCAAGACCAUCGGUUUCACGAAGAUGUCCAAUUUCACAGUCAUAAAACAUCAAUCACCGAAUGAAGAUGUUCAAUUACCUCAUCUGUUCCCAUUCACAACCGCCAGACUAAACAAUAAAACUGAGAUAAUUUUACGAGGUGAUCAUCCUUUAGUUGGUCUUAAAUCGUUAAAGGAAGGUGAAUGUAAUAUGUUGUUAUUAACGUGUGUUUGAUGUGUACAAAUUGUAACCACAUGUAUUUCAGUGUAUAUAUUUGUAAAUAGAUAAAGUAAUCUAAUAUA